AGUGACACACACGCUCCAGUCCCAAGCUUCAUCAAAUGCUGCUUGCUCAACUCCGCUCCUCGCACAAACAAUUGAAGUCAUUUCCAGUUCGCCUAUAAAGCGAUCCCACAGGUGUUUUAAUGUCCCGUCGAGAAAAGCUUUCAGCGCAAUGGAGUUACCUCACAGACAGGUUUUGGGACGAGUCCUGAUUGUGACUGCUGCGCUUCUGUCACCUGCGUUCACGGUACUGGGCAAUGACAUCCUUGGCCUGAAGGUGGCAGGAGAGCCAGUGCUUACCCCCAACGCAGUGUGUUUACGACUGGCUGGCCUGACCAAAAAACAGAUGCGUCUGUGUGUGCGCAGCCCUGAUGUCACAGCCUCUGCUCUGCAGGGCAUUCAGGUUGCUAUUCACGAAUGCCAGCACCAGCUCAGUGACCAGCGCUGGAACUGCUCCUCCUUGGAGAACCAUGGCAAGUUGCCCCAUCAGAGUGCCAUUCUCAACAGGGGUUUCCGAGAGAGCGCCUUCUCGCUGUCGCUGCUGGCUGCAGGUGUCAUGCACUCGGUGGCUUCGGCCUGCAGCCUCGGUAAGUUGCGCGGGUGUGGUUGCGAACGUCACCUGGACGAUGACAAAAUCCGUCUCAAGUUAACCCAGCUCCAACUUCAGACUUUUCAGAGGAGUGGAGUGUCCAUAGCAGGUGCAGGAGAGAACACACCUGAGUUCGGUUCACUCCACGACGGUCUGCCGGCCAAUCUGCGCUCGUCCCACCCCGUCAGUCUCCUCAAACCCUUACCAGAUGAGGUCACAACGUUACAGGAUAGCUGGGAGUGGGGAGGCUGUAGUCACGAUGUUCGUGUUGGCGUACGGUUCUCUAGGGAUUGGUUGGAUUCCAGAGGAUCUCCUCGUGAUAUACACGCUCGUAUGCGGAUUCAUAAUAAUAGAGUGGGCAGACAGGUAGUUACUGACAACAUGAGAAGAAAGUGCAAGUGCCAUGGCACAUCCGGCAGCUGCCAGUUCAAGACCUGCUGGUAUGUUUCUCCUGAAUUCCGGCUGGUGGGGUCACUGCUACGGGAGAAAUUUAUGACCGCCAUCUUCAUAAACUCUCAGAACAAGAACAACGGGGUAUUCAACUCUCGAACUGGUGUGAGCACCGGCUCAGAUCAGCUCAGAGGCCGGCGACGCAGCAUCUCGCGUGAGUUAGUGUUCUUCGAGAAGUCCCCUGACUUCUGCGACCACGAGCCCGAGGUGGAUUCGCUGGGCACGCAGGGUCGCAUCUGCAACAAGAGCAGCCCCAGCAUGGACGGCUGCGGGUCGCUGUGCUGCGGCCGCGGACACAACAUCCUCAAACAGGCACGCAGUGAACGGUGUCACUGCCGCUUCCACUGGUGCUGCUACGUGCUCUGUGAGGAGUGCAGAGUUUCGGAGUGGGUUAAUGUGUGCAAGUGAAUGACCCACCUUGGUCCAUAUCUCCAUUUCCUUGUUUUUGGACCGGGAGGCAACAACCUGUACCCUGCCAUACCGAAUGUGACUGCCUGUGUGUUUUGCUCUCCCACGGUGUGUCUGUUUAUCCAUUUCUCUCCUUCUUUUAACCUCCAUCAUCUGGGAUCCAUUUGCGUUGUGUUGCUGUUGUUAUUCUCAAAAUGCCAAGUCAGAGAUUGAGGAGGAGGUGACUCAUGUCAUUUGUCUUUUUUUCCUCACUUGGAAUCUUCAGCCUCCAGAUCCAUGCAAAAGGCCCAAACGCCAUCUGCACUCCUCCAAAUAACAAGGCACAACAGCAGGAACAAAUUAUUCCAGCAAAUAUAGGCACUGCUGCGAUCUACCUUUUUUUUUUUCUUUUUUUUUUCAAAAGUGCACUUAAUGUAUAUUCCUUACUUUGGCAAAAUGUUUGAGAAGUUUAUGUUGUAAUCAUUUACGAUGGUGAAAAAACAUCUGAGUUGGGUUGAGGUUUCAAAACACUGUAUCUCGCAGCAUUAUGAUCUUUGCCCACGUUAAUCAUGAAGAAUCAAUGGCUAUGGUAAUUCAAUGGAACAUUUCAGUGCCAUUUCAUAAGAUGUUAUAGAGAAACUUUCCCAAGUCUGGAGCAAAUCUUGGCCAUCGACAGAGAAUGUGCCUUUGCGUAGGGGUCUGAGUUUGGUUGGUUUUUAUGAAAACCAGGACAAUUGUGAAGUUGAUAUGCUGUGUAACCCCAUCCUAACCUUUAUAGAGACAUACCAAUCAGAAAACGGAGAUGGAUAGAGUGAAGGAACGACUGGAGAACACUUGUGCCUCCCGUGGAUUUUUUUGCAGCUGAUUAAAAACAGUCACAUCUCAUCUCAUACUGCUGAACAAUAUUGGAUGCCAGAUGCCUUUGAUGCAAGAAUGGAAGUCCAUACUCUAAAGUCCUGUGUUAAGCUGUAUUUAAACAGUUGCCAUUACAAUCUUAUUACAGUGAAAUUGAUGUAUACAGUCUUAAAACUUUCAAUUUGAUUAAGGGAUGCUUAGGAAAUCAAAUUAAUUAUGGAAAAAUUAACUUUCAUAUAUUGCCGCCUUUUGCAUUUUUAAGGAGUGUAGAGAAUUUAUUGUUGUAAUAUGUUUAGAAAGCCUCAAUUUUAAUGUUAAGAAACCUUUCUUGGUUUAUUGUGUGUGUAUAAUCACACUGGUUUUAGAACCAUGAAAGACCAGAAGAGGGGUCAUUUAUCUCCGUUUUAGAUAUAAUUAUUCUCUUCUGGAGAUUUUUUUUUACUGAAUCUGACCUCUCAUAAUGGACAACAGGGAUAGGCUUUCAUAAGAGUUCUAAGCAGAUUAAGGCAUGAACCUGUCUUACAGGGAUCAGCUGUCCAAAGUUGUGCCAUGUGCUGCUGAGUACUGUUUGUCCUUGUCUGUGAAUCUGCAUCUGCAGCCGUCAGAGACUGGACCACUGUGAUUUUCUAACUAAACACAGGCCCACUUCUGAUGUCUACACUCUGUCUGAGUUCUGUGAUUGCACAACAAUCACAAACAUCUUAGGAAUAAAAGAGUUUUUCUGUAUGAUUCCUCACAAGACUCUCUAAUGAGGAUGCGCUGUGGCGACUGGCGAUUGAGUGAAGUGACCACCUACGGUCUGCUGGCUUUAUCGAACUCGCUUCUUGCGGUAUUUCCUCUGGCAAUAAACGAUGGGAGUGAAAGAGAACUGGAGAAAGAGUGGUGUGGAAUGAUAAAGCACUAGAUAUCUGGUUUGUA